AUGGAAUAUCACAGUCAACACAGGACAUCAACAUGGAAUAUCAAAGUCAACACAGGACAUCAACAUGGAAUAUCAGUCAACACAGCACAUCAACAUGGAAUAUCACAGUCAACACAGGACAUCAACAUGGAAUAUCACAGUCAACACAGGACAUCAACAUGGAAUAUCACAGUCAACACAGCACAUCAACAUGGAAUAUCACAGUCGACACAGGACAUCAACAUGGAAUAUCACAGUCAACACAGCACAUCAACAUGGAAUAUCACAGUCAACACAGAUCAAUAUGGAAUAUUACACUCAACACAGGACAUCAACAUGGAAUAUCACAGUCGACACAGGGCAUCAACAUGGAAUAUCACAGUCAACACAGGACAUCACAGUCAAAAAGGCAUCAACUUGGGAUAUCACAGUGAACACAUGACAUAA